GGAGACUUAACAUCGUCUGAGCUGAAAACACUAAGGGAAAAAGGAUACAGUGCGUGAAAGGAUUUAAUCGUGAGCCUUGUGCAAGGAUAUGUGUAAACGAAAUGUUUGAUGGGAAAGUUCAAUAAUUUGCUACUAAGUGAUUGAAUACGACCCGUAAAAAUGACUACGAACACUGAAACAGAUGCCGAAAAGGCAGCAGGAUCACGCCUGGAUUAUGAUCUGAUGAUGGCAGAGGAGUACAUCCUGAGCGAUGUGGAGAAAAAUUUCAUUUUAUCCUGCGAGCGUGGUGAUCUACAAGGUGUUAAGAAGAUUCUUGAGGAAUACGGAACUGAGUCGGAUAAAUUCAAUAUCAAUUGCACCGACCCCAUGAAUCGUUCGGCUCUCAUUUCGGCCAUCGAGAAUGAGAAUUUCGAUUUAAUGGUCCUGCUCCUGGAGAAUAAUAUUGAAGUUGGCGAUGCCCUAUUGCAUGCCAUAUCCGAGGAGUAUGUAGAGGCUGUAGAGGAGUUGCUGCAAUGGGAGGAAAGUCAUCAUAAGGAGGGACAGCCCUAUAGCUGGGAGGCAGUUGACCGCUCCAAGUCAACCUUCACCAUGGACAUUACCCCGCUAAUUCUGGCUGCACAUCGCAACAAUUACGAGAUAUUAAAAAUACUGUUGGAUCGUGGUGCAACGUUACCCAUGCCGCACGAUGUCAAGUGCGGUUGCGAUGAAUGUGUUACCUCCCAGACCACCGACUCUCUGCGUCAUUCUCAAUCCAGAAUUAAUGCCUAUCGAGCUCUUGCGGCCAGCUCCUUAAUUGCGCUCAGUUCCCGCGACCCUGUAUUGACUGCCUUCCAAUUGUCCUGGGAACUGAAACGACUGCAGGCCAUGGAAUCGGAAUUUCGUGCAGAAUACACGGAAAUGCGUCAAAUGGUGCAGGACUUUGUUACGGCACUGCUGGACCAUGCCCGCACUUCGAUGGAACUGGAGGUGAUGUUGAACUUUAACCACGAACCCUCGCAUGAGAUUUGGUGUCCGGGUCAACGACAGACAUUGGAACGUUUGAAACUAGCCAUAAGAUACAAACAGAAGACCUUUGUGGCCCAUCCGAAUGUUCAGCAACUGCUGGCUGCCAUUUGGUAUGAGGGAUUACCUGGAUUUCGACGCAAACAGUCCUCACAGCAAUUAAUGGAUGUCAUCAAACUGGGUUGCAGUUUUCCCAUCUACAGUUUAAAAUACAUUUUAGCCCCGGACUCGGAUGGGGCUAAAUUUAUGCGCAAGCCAUUUGUUAAAUUUAUCACACAUUCCUGCUCCUACAUGUUCUUCCUAAUGCUUUUGGGUGCUGCCUCUUUGAGGGUGGUGCAAAUAACCUUUGAACUUUUGGCAUUUCCCUGGAUGUUAACCAUGCUGGAGGAUUGGCGGAAACACGAACGAGGAUCACUACCCGGACCCAUUGAACUGGCCAUUAUAAUGUAUAUAUUCGCAUUGAUAUUCGAGGAACUAAAAUCUUUAUAUUCUGAUGGCCUAUUUGAGUAUAUAAUGGAUUUAUGGAAUAUUGUGGAUUAUAUAUCGAAUAUGUUCUAUGUGACUUGGAUACUUUGUCGAGCUACUGCCUGGGUUAUAGUUCAUCGAGAUUUGUGGUUCCGUGGCAUAGAUCCGUAUUUUCCGCGUGAGCAUUGGCAUCCAUUCGAUCCCAUGUUACUCUCGGAAGGAGCUUUUGCCGCUGGCAUGGUCUUUUCGUACUUAAAGUUGGUCCACAUCUUCUCAAUCAAUCCGCAUUUGGGUCCACUGCAAGUCUCGUUGGGUCGCAUGAUCAUUGAUAUCAUAAAAUUCUUCUUUAUCUACACACUGGUGUUGUUUGCAUUCGGCUGUGGACUCAAUCAAUUGCUGUGGUACUACGCCGAGCUGGAGAAGAACAAGUGCUACCACUUGCACCCAGAUGUAGCAGACUUUGAUGAUCAAGAGAAAGCCUGUACCAUCUGGCGAAGAUUCUCCAACUUAUUUGAGACCUCACAGUCAUUGUUCUGGGCCUCUUUUGGUCUGGUGGACUUGGUGUCUUUCGAUUUGGCUGGCAUCAAGAGUUUUACACGUUUCUGGGCCCUGCUAAUGUUCGGCUCUUACUCGGUUAUCAACAUUAUUGUGUUGCUCAACAUGCUUAUUGCCAUGAUGUCGAACUCUUAUCAAAUCAUUUCGGAGCGUGCCGAUACGGAAUGGAAAUUUGCCCGGUCUCAACUGUGGAUGAGCUACUUUGAGGAUGGUGGCACCAUACCGCCACCUUUCAAUCUCUGCCCCAAUAUGAAAAUGCUGCGCAAAACUCUAGGUCGCAAGCGACCAUCACGCACCAAGAGUUUCAUGCGUAAGUCCAUGGACAGAGCACAAGUGCUGCAUGACAAGGUGAUGAAGCUGCUGGUACGACGCUAUGUCACUGCCGAACAGAGGAGGCGUGACGAUUAUGGCAUUACCGAGGAUGACAUCAUUGAGGUGCGACAAGAUAUUAGCUCCCUGCGAUUCGAACUGCUGGAGAUAUUUACCAAUAACAGUUGGGAUGUCCCAGACAUUGAGAAGAAGACACAUGCUGCUGCCCGUACUACCAAAGGCAAGGUAAUGGAACGUCGUAUACUGAAAGACUUCCAAAUUGGUUUUGUGGAGAAUUUGAAACAGGAAAUGAAUGAGGGCGAUGGUCGGGAUAUAUUCUCAUCUCUGGCCAAGGUUAUAGGCAGAAAGAAAACCCAGAAAGGAGACAAGGAUUGGAAUGCCAUUGCCAGAAAGAAUACUUUCACAGCUGACCCCAUUGGAUCGAAACGUUCAUCCAUGCAGCGCCAUAGCCAGCGCAGCUUGAGGCGUAAGAUCAUAGAGCAGGCCAAUGAAGGUCUAUUGAUGAAUCAAAAUCAAUUGAUUGAAUUCAAUCCCAAUUUGGGCGAUGUGACGCGAGCUACCAGAGUGGCGUAUGUCAAGUUCAUGCGAAAGAAGAUGGCAGCUGAUGAAGUAUCCAUGGGAGAUGAUGAAGAGAGGCCACCGGGUGAAGAAAAUGAUAGGAAGCCAGAUGACAAGAAGUUGGAUGCCAGUGGGUCGAAGAAAUCUAUGUCCAGUGCUGGAGCUGCUGGUGGUGGUGCCUCCUUUAUGGCCGCUGCUGCCUUACGGGCAUCUGUUAAAAAUGUAGAUGAAACGAAGAAACCAGGAGAAGGCGGAAAAGAUAAUGCAAAACCUGGUGCAGAUAAAAAACCGGAUGAUAAUAAAAAGCCCACUGAUGUGAAGAAGCCCAACGAAGACAAGGACAAAGAGAAAGAUAAGAAAUCCACCAGUGACAGUAAGUCUGAGGUAAAACCAGGAGCAGCAGCUCCACCGGUUGCAGGCAAGUCAAGUGAUCAAAAACCACCACCAGCUGCUGGGGCACCCAAACCAACAUCUGCCAAAGAGCAACAAAAACCGGGCGAUACUAAUGGCAAACCAAAUGCUCCAGCUCCACCAGCCAAGCCGCCCUCUGAUGCUAAGCCCACAGCUCCCAAGCCAGGAGAAGUAAGCAAGCCGGAAGCAGCUACCAAGAAGGAGGAAUCAGCUAAAGCGGAGUCAGCAAAACCAUCCACAGCAACAGCAACUGGAGGAGCUGCCAAGAGUGCAGCACCUUCGGCUCCAGCAGAGGCUAAGCCAGAUACAAAGACAACAACAACCACAACCACAGCGGGAGCCGGAGCAACUAAAGACGCCACAAAGGCAGCCAAUGAGACCAGCAGUCAGACUGCCAGUCAAGCAGCAAAGCCCGAUGAUAAGAAAGAUCAAAAGGAUCAAAAGGACCAAAAGGCUGACCAAAAACCGGAUGACAAGAAGGGAACCAAUGGGAAACCAGGUGAUGCCAAGACAGGGGAAACUAAACCAGAUGCCACCAAACAGCCAGACAGUGCCCAGAAACCGACCGACGAUAAGGACAAGAAACCCGGUGACGACAAAGACAAGAAACCUGGUGCAGCUCCUGCACCGCUCAAACCUGCCAUUAAGGUGGGUCAAAGCAGUGCUGCAGCUGGCGGCGAACGUGGCAAAUCGACUGUUACAGGUCGCAUGAUCUCCGGUUGGCUAUAGAGAAGACCAAACCAUUUAGAACUCUACUUUCAUUUUCCAAACUACAAUAAAUGUAUGCCAGUAUAUGUGUGAGCAACAAUAAAAGAAAACGACUUUCAAGCGUAA